AUGGACAUGGUCAGACCUCACCACUGCGCUGGAAUCUGCUUUAGCACAACAUACCGAAUCACGAGCGAGCCUCUGGAAUGCGCGACCUGGAACAUCAACGAUUUCCAGCUCCGUGGAAUUCUCGGGCUUCCCGAGAAGCACUUGUCGAUCAACCACAGACCUCUAAGUGUCCACGAUGGGGGCAGCAAAGUCUACUCUCACCAUGCGAGCCUCAACAACGCCCAGUUUUUCACAAGCAUGUCCAAAAAAGCCCUGGAUUUGCAAUCUCUCAAUAUCCUAUGGUACGGACAACCUACUAUUUGGGUGGUCAUCCCUCCGAGACAUGCAGCUCGGUUGGAGGCUCGGGUCGCACAAGAAGUGUAUCAACUCCCUCGUUGCGGACAGUUUGUGAGACAUAGCAACGUGAUAGUCUCGCCCUCGGAGCUGAUAAGAUGGGGGGUCAUGCCCAGUGUCUUCGCACAGUUUCCCGGAGAAGUCGUGAAGAUUGAAGAGAACGCUUACUACUUUACCUGGAAGACUGGACCGAGCCUUAGUGAGACUAUGAAUUGCUGUGAUGUCGACUGGCUGCCACCGCCGCUUUACCGAGACUGUGCCACAGGGACCGGGUGCGCUUCAGAACUUCUUUCCAGUUCGAACGCGAGCGUACGAAGCCACGCCCGCUCGCUGUCCAGACACAGCCCCGAGGCCGGCGCAACUCGAGAACCUGUCAUUACCCAGGUCGAAGACGCUCCCCUCCGAAGUGAUGGCGAUAUUUAUCAUCAGGAGGCCGAAGGCAACUUCGUCGGCUUUAGAGAUAACGGUUCUCUGAAAGGUAGCCAGAUCCGAAGAACAGGAGCUCCUGACGCUCUCGCUCCUUGGUUUGUCCCCUACUCUGACACGCAAAAUUUGCCGAACCCGGACAAUUGCCUCGAGAGCAGCAACCUAAUGCUUUCGGAAUACGGGAUGGACUUUCUGCGUCACAAGAACGAAAAUUUGUCGACCGUCAUGGUAAAUGAAAGCGGCUCGUCCGACCCGUUUUACACUUGUCACACUUCUCCUUACCUGUCCCCCGAGCUACUUACGGCAACGGACAUAACGGAGCAUUGGUUCGAGGCUGAUACACAAGUCCGUGGUAUCAUCGGUCAAGGAGACAUCUCGAACGAAUAUACCUGGCUCGAUGACCCAGGCACGAUGGGGUAUGCUUGGCAAGCUGGCCGAAGCAGAGCGAAGCUGCACGGCCAGUAUGCAAUAACUCCAGUAUCAAGUGGGCCAACACAACCGGCCGGCCCUCCACCCACUUCGCUCAUAGUCGCGCGAGCAAUCGAUGCCCUGACUGCCCUGGGGCUCAGGCAUGAAGGACGCUUACUGUGGAAAACUAACAAGACCGUUGACGUGAGGCACAUCUUAGACACAUUCCGACGGUCUGCCCCCCUCGACGACAACACUGUUUUCGAGAUCCUCCAUAUCCUGACAGUGGGACGAAACGACGUAUAUGUGGGCCGGUCCGACCAUCUCCACCGCGUCCUGGUCGAGACCUACGAGUCUCCCACCUCGAUGGUAUUUUUUCCCAUUCGCCAAGGAAACCAUUCCUUUCUGUUGAGCGUGAAUGGUCUGGACCAUAUCGUGACCAUCCACGAUAAUCUCCCCCACGACGACGUCGUCUCUUGUCUCGCCUCCGCAGGCGUCGCUGAUAGUUGUUGGGACUUUCAAUAUAAACAGAUCUUGGCCGAUGACGGUCUAAAUUCGGCCUUGAUUCUUCUGUAUGAGGCCGAGAUGCUUCUGAGAGGUGAUGUAGAGGUUAUCGAGGAUUUGAGCCUCCUACGACUACGAUAUCUUCGCCUUUUGCUAGGCGAUCUUUUGGCACAAGAGAGUCUCAGUUACCUAACCUGCGAUAGUGCCACAUUGAUCGAAGGUAUAACAACUUUCAGAAACGGCACCACUGACCUUCAAAGGGGCGAUCUGCUCACAGAAACGAGACUUUCACAGCCUCGAAGACAUCUCGACGUUCUUGCAUCAGCAAUUGGCUGCGCCACGGUUUUACAGGAUUUGAAAGCAAUCGCCCAGAAUCUGCGCUCGUCGUCAGCCUGGGAGCCACUGACACUGAAGUCUAUUAUGCAAGUGUUUGACCACGGUGAAGCCAACCGAUCACUUAGGGCUCUUCAAAAGAACGUAUCUUGGCUACUGGUUGCCCGCAGCUUCCGCGCUCUCACCACGCAGAUGCAGAAAGUCUUGAGAAAGAACAAGGAAGCUAACGAGGAAGCCAAAAAAUUUGCGCGACAGUGGCGCGGCCAGGAAACAACGCGACCGGCGCGAACAGAAGAAUCUGGUGUGGUUGCCAGCAAUUCAGGUGUCGAUGCUAAGUCUAUGGCGUAUGACUGGCUCAUCAAGUAUUGGGGACAUCCACCAGAAGAUCGAGCUGACCCCAAAAAACGCGUACAGAGGUGCAACUACCUUGGACGCUCACUUAUGUUGUUUGAAGAUGUGUGCGGCCUCGAUUUUCCGCUGUGGAUGUUGCUACCGUUGCGAUCACUGUUGUGUUCCUCUGGUCCUGGAUGUCCGAUCGACCCCGACAUGUUGGUUUUCGUCCCACUGGUAUUGGGCAGUCGAGGCUAA